UCUGCUGCGGGGCUGCAGCUGGAUGCUAUUGGCUAUCCCUGCUGUUUAAGGUAGAAUAACGAUUGGCCACUCCAUAUUACUGUAAAUUCCUCCUAGCUUGAAAUAAAAGAUAAACGGAGAACUAUCACUGAACUGGUUCUCCGUCACCCUGUUUACCUUGGAAUUACCAUUGAACGGAUCGUUGAGGCACGCGAGGAGUGGGAGACGGUUCUUGGAAAAGUGUACAACUUUCGUUGCAGAUGGAGGACAAACCCAGCCUGCUGCUCUCCUUCCACACUGAGCCUAAAGAAGAGUCACUGGAUUCUUAUUGGGACAGUGGAGCUCAAUAUUUGUUGGUGGAUUCAGAGAUGAAAUCAGAGGAGCUGGAAGACUGCAGUCAAACACUGGGGCCAAAUUAUAUUAAAUAUGAAGAGGAGAAGAAGAUUGGGGAUUUAACUAAUCAAGAUGAGUUUGCUGAAGUUGAUACAACUCCUGCACCUGGAGAGCAACAACUGGAAGAUUACAAAGAUAAGAAGUCUCACCUCUGCAUCCACUGUGGAAAACAUUUCCUUUCUAUAUCACUGCUAAAAAGACACAUUAACAUACACACAGGAGAGAAGCCCAACUCCUGUUCUGACUGUGGAAAGAGUUUCAUUUCAUCACAUGAAUUAAUUAGACAUGAGAAAUUGCACCAUGGAGAGAAGCCGUACUUGUGUUCUGACUGUGGGAAGCGUUUCAUUUCAUCACGUAAUUUAACUAGACAUCAAAGAUUGCACACAGGAGAGAAGCCAUACUCCUGUCCUGACUGUAGGAAGAGUUUCUCUCAAUUGGGUAACCUUAAAAUUCACCAGCGCAUACACACUGGAGAGAAGCCUUACUCCUGUCCUGACUGUAGGAAGAGUUUCUCACAACUAGGUAGCCUUAAAACUCACCAGCGCAUGCACAUUGGAGAGAGAGCUUUACUCAGUUCUGACUGUGGGAAGAGUUUCACUGAAUUAUGUAACCUUAUAGUUCACCAGCGCAUACAUACUGGAGAGAAGCCAUACUCCUGUUCUGACUGUGGGAAGAGUUUCUCUGAACUAGGUGUCCUUAAAUCUCACAGGCGCAUACACACUGGAAAGAAAGCUAUACUCUGUCCUGACUGUGGGAAGAGUUUCACUCAAUUACGUUACCUUAUAGCUCACAAGCGCAUACAUACUGGAGAGAAGCCAUUCUCCUGUUCUGAUUGUGGGAAGAGUUUCUCUUAUUCAGGCAGCCUUAAAAUUCACCAGCUCAUACACACUGGAGAGAAGCCUUACUCCUGUCCUGACUGCGGGAAGAGUUUCUCCAAACUAAGUAGCCUCAAAACACACCAGCGCAUACACACUGGAGAGAAAGCUUUACUCUGUUCUGACUGUGGGAAGAGUUUCAAUGAAUUAGGUAACCUUAUAGUUCACCAGCGCAUACAUACUGGAGAGAAGCCAUACUUGUGUUCUGACUGUGGGAAGAGUUUCUCUCAUUCAGGCAGCCUUAAUUUUCACCGGCGUGUGCACACUGGAGAGAAGCCUUACUCCUGUCCUGACUGUGGGAAGAGUUUCUCUCAACUAGGUAGCCUUAGAACUCACCACCGCAUACACACUGGAGAGAAGCCUUACUCUUGUCCUGACUGUGGGAAGAGUUUCUCUCAACUUGGUAGUCUUAAAACUCACCAGCGUGCACACACUGGAGACAAAGCUUUACUCUGCUCUGACUGUGGGAAGAGUUUCACUGAUUUACGUAGCCUUAUAGCUCACAAGCGCAUACAUACUGGAGAGAGGCCAUACUCCUGUUCUGAUUGUGGGAAGUGUUUCUCUUAUUCAGGCAGCCUUAAAAUUCACCAGCGUUUGCACACUGGAGAGAAGCCUUACUCUUGUCCUGACUGUGGGAAGAGUUUCUCUCAACUUGGUAGCCUUAAAAUUCACCAGCGCACACACACUGGAGACAAAGCUUUACUCUGCUCUGACUGUGGGAAGCGUUUCACUGAAUUACGCUGCCUUAUAGCUCACAAGCGCAUACAUACUGGAGAGAGGCCAUACUCCUGUUCUGAUUGUGGGAAGAGUUUCUCUUAUUCAGGCAGCCUUAAAAUUCACCAGCGUUUGCACACUGGGGAGAAGCCUUACUCCUGUUCUGACUGUAGGAAGAUUUUCACUCAUCUAGGUAGCCUUAAAACCCACCAGUGCAUACACACUGGAGACAAAGCUUUACUCUGUUCUGACUUUGGGAAGAGUUUCACUGAAUUACAUAGCCUUGUAGUUCACCAGCGCAUACACACUGGAGACAAGCCAUACUCCUGUCCUGACUGUGGGAAGAAUUUCUCUCAACCAAGUUGCCUUAAAACUCACCAGCGGGUACACACUGGAGAGAAGCCAUUCUCCUGUUCUGACUGUGGGAAGAGUUUCUCUUCUUCAGGCAGCCUUACUAUUCACCAGCGCAUACACACUGGAGAGAAGCCUUACUCCUGUCCUGACUGUGGUAAGAGUUUCUCUUAUUCAGUCAGCCUUAAAAAUCACCAGCGUCUGCACACUGGGGAGAAGCCUUACACCUUUCCUAACUGUAGGAAGAGUUUCUCUUUUCUAGGUAGCCUUAAAAUUCACCAGCGCACACACACUGGAGAGAAGCCAUACUCGUGUUCUGACUGUGGGAAGAAUUUCUCCCAUUCAAGCAGCUUUAAUAUUCACCGCCGUGUGCACACUGGAGAGAAACCUUACUUCUGUCCUGACUGUGGGAAGAGUUUCUCUCAUCUAGGUAGCCUUAAAUCUCACCAGCGCAUACACACUGGAGAGAGCCUUAUUCUUUAAUCUGUAUGGAUUACAUAUUAUUAUUUUAGAUUACAUUUGUAUACUCUUAUGCAAUUAGUCUUUUUUUAAGUCAAUCUGUGUUAGGAAUGACUAAAUGCUUUUAUUAGUUUCAUUGAUAUCUAAUAAAAAUUAAUUUAAAAAAUUCGGCAUUAUACAUGGUAUAGAUCCUGUUCUUUGUCUUCAUUGUGUUUGCCAAGGUAAAGUAAUGCUAAUGAAUAUUUUGGGGUGUAUUUUAGAAAUGUCUGCUAUUUGGAUGAAUUGUAAUGUAUCAAACAGUUAUUGGAGUCUGAUCUGUGUAAAGAAUCCUCCCGACACCAUGUGUUUUAUUACCAUUUAGGAAUAUAUUGUUAACAGAUACUCAUAGCACAUGUUUUUUGCUAUAGUGUGUUUUAGAUACUUCUGGUAUACUUUAGGAGGACAUUGAAAAUUGCUGGUAUGUAACUAUGAAAUGUAUUGUAACUUCAUUACUUCAUUACCAAAUAAAUUGUGUUACU